AUGUCGCAAAUCCAAGAGCAACUAGAGAAUAUCCCCGGGUAUGACAUAGUCAUGGACAAAUUCAAUGACUACGCUGAAGAACACUGGAACAACACUGACCCAUACACAGACAAAGAGACUGGCAAAAAGCUAAAACUCCCACCCGACAUCACUACAAAACAAGAGCAAAAAGCCUGGGCCAAGAUCCAAUCGAUGGCAUGGACCGACGACAAGUGUCUUUGUGGGUCAUGUGGAGUCGGGAUGGACUGUGGGUUAGGAUUAGUACCAUUUGCCGUGUUUUUCUUCCCUGUGCUUGGUCCCUUGGUGAUGUAUAUGAUUCAUAUGCGAUUGUUGUCACUAGCUAAUGAGCAAUUCCAUUUACCGGGUAAAUUAAUGGCACAAAUGCAAGCCAACAUUGGACUUGACUUGUUGAUUACGUUCCCACCAGUAAUUGGCAGUUUCUUUGGAUGGAUGCAUCAGUGUUCAACGCGAAAUGCCGGGAUGAUCUAUUGUUGUGUCGUGAAAAUGGCCAAGGAAAGACAAGCGCAAGGAGGAGGGGUAAAGUACAGUGGGAGCGGCGUUACUGCUGGUCAAUAUGGUGGGAAUGAGGGUCAUUUUGGCCAGCUGCUGAUGCAGUAUCAACAGCAACAGACACGUGGGGUGCAACAGCAACAGCAACAGAGGAAUAUACGGGCUGGUCAGUACGGACAGCCACAACAACCUAAGCCAGCUUAUGUCCUGAGUCAACUGAGAGGUAAGAGAACAGGGCCAAAUUCAAUUGAAGUUGGACAACAACAGCAAUCAGGGUUUGUAUAA